AUGAUGACCACCAGAACUAUCGCUUUCCUUAUGCUCCUAGCAUGCACCUCAUUCGUUGUGGCGGAAAACCAACCAGCACGAAACCUUCGUGCCGAUGCCAACGUUGAGGAGCGAAGACAUUACCGUCUUCUCAACGUCGGUGACCGACCUGUUACACCUGAUACUCCCAUGGAAGACCAUCCUGUGAGUGGAAAAGGAAAAGGAGGAAAGGGCGGAAAGGGCGGAAGCAGCUCCUCAGGCAAAUCUGGCAAAGGCAUGUCUUCCGGAAAGGGAGGAUCGUCUGGGAAGUCUGGAAAGGGUUCGAUGGACUCAGGAAAGGGUGGUAAAGGAAUGUCUUCCGGCAAGGGAGGCUCUAAGGGAUCGAUGGAAUCCGGAAAGGGCGGCAAGGGUGGAUCCAAGGGUUCAAUGGAUUCUGGAAAGGGAGGAAAGGGAGGCUCCAAGGGAUCGAUGGAUUCCGGAAAGGGAGGAAAGGGAGGCUCCAAGGGAUCGAUGGAUUCCGGAAAGGGCGGCAAGGGAGGCUCCAAGGGAUCGAUGGAAUCCGGAAAGGGCGGCAAGGGUGGCUCCAAGGGGUCUUCCGACAUGUCCAGUGGCAAAGGAAAGGGUGGAUCUUCUAGCUCCGGUAAGGGAGGAAAGGGAUCUUCGGAGUCCUCAGGAAAAGGAGGAAAGGGAUCCAAGAAGAUGGGCAAAGGAUCUUCUGGAAAGGGUGGAAGCAAGUCAUCCAAGAAGACCCAUGUCAUUGAUGACUUCCAAGACAUGGUCUUUGGCUCCAUGAGCAUGUAA